AUGGAUUAUAAUUCCAUUUCCGAAAUUAAUGAAAACCCUUACAUUACAAAGAACCCUUCUUCCCAAAGAAGCAUUUCCUCAGUCCAAUCAAUUCAGACAAAUUCCUCCACCGAGCAGGGGGGGCCGAAACCCCUCCGAUAUGGCUCGGUGGGUCCCGAUUCCAUGCGUCUUAGCACCUCUUACAGAGACAUAAACGAGGAAGAAGCGAGAUUAGUCUACGUAAACGACCCCCACAGAACGAAUUCCAAUUUCCAAUUUGCCGGAAACUCGAUAAAAACAUCCAAAUACUCAAUCUUGACUUUCUUGCCCCGUAAUUUGUUCGAACAGUUUCGUCGAAUCGCCUACCUGUACUUUCUAGUCAUCGCCAUUCUCAACCAGCUUCCUCAACUAGCGGUUUUCGGUCGAGGAGCUUCCAUUCUACCGCUAGCGUUCGUCCUCUUAGUGACAGCUGUCAAGGACCUGUACGAGGAUUACAGGCGCCACCGUUCGGACAAGAUCGAGAACAACCGUUUGUCCAUGGUUUUAUCGAGUGAAAGCAGCAACAACUUUCAGACCAAGAAAUGGAAGCAUAUUCGUGUGGGCGACAUCAUCAAAGUAUCGGAAAAGCAAACCGUUUCGCUCGGUCCAUCGAAGAUAGUCCUACGUGGCUGCGAAUUGAGGAACACUAAAUCGGCUAUCGGCGUAGCGGUUUAUACCGGCAAAGAAACCAAAGCAAUGCUCAACAACUCGGGCCCGUCGAAGAGGAGCCGCCUCGAAACUCGUAUGAAUCGAGAAAUAAUUUACCUCUCGAUUUUUUUGGUCACCCUUUGCACCGUAGUUUGUAUAAGUCACGGUGUUUGGUUGAUAAAGCACAAAGAUGAGUUGGAUUUGAUACAGUUUUAUCGAAAAAAGGAUUAUUCGGGAAGUGAAGUGGAGAAUUACGAGUACUACGGUUGGGGAAUGGAGAUAUUCUUUGUGUUUCUUAUGUCGGUUAUUGUGUUCCAAGUUAUGAUUCCGAUAUCUUUGUAUAUAUCGAUGGAGCUCGUUCGUGUGGGCCAGGCUUAUUUUAUGAUCCAAGAUGAUCGGAUGUUUGACGAGGCUACUAACUCGAGGUUUCAGUGUAGGGCGUUGAAUAUAAACGAGGAUUUAGGACAGAUUAAAUAUGUGUUUUCGGAUAAAACGGGGACUUUGACUGAGAAUAAGAUGGAGUUUCAGUGUGCAAGCAUCGGUGGAGUGGAUUACGAUAAUGGGAAGGCUAGUAGUGAAGAUGGUGGAAUCGAGUACUCGUCGGCGCAAGUUGAUGGGGUUACUUUGAGGCCGAAAAUGAGUGUAAAAGUCGAUAUUGAGCUUCUCAAUUUGUCGAAAACAAAAGACACGGAUGAAGGCAAACACAUUCGCGAUUUUUUCUUGGCAUUAGCUACUUGCAAUACGAUUGUGCCGCUAACAAUCGAGAGUUCCGAUCCAGCUGUCAAAUUGAUAGAGUAUCAAGGGGAAUCUCCCGAUGAACAGGCAUUGGUAUAUGCUGCUGCUUCGUACGGUUUUAUGCUUAUCGAACGAACUUCGGGUCACAUUGUUGUUGAUAUUCAAGGCGAAAGGCAAAGGUUCAACGUGUUAGGCAUGCACGAAUUCGACAGCGACAGAAAACGAAUGUCCGUAAUCCUAGGUUUCCCCGACAACACUGUCAAACUCUACGUAAAAGGCGCCGACACAUCAAUGUUCAACGUACUCAACAACUCCUCGAACACAAACAACAACAUAAUAAAACCAACUCAAGCCCAUCUCCACUCCUACUCCUCAAAGGGCCUACGCACGCUCGUAAUAGCCGCACGCGAACUAACCCUGUCCGAAUUCCAACACUGGCAAUCCUCGUACGAGUCGGCGAACAAUGCCCUAAUGGGCCGAUCGAAUUUACUCCGUAAAAUCGCAGUUAAUAUCGAAAAUAAUCUCGGCUUGUUAGGUGCGUCCGGGAUCGAGGAUAAGUUGCAGGAAGGCGUGCCGGAAGCAAUCGAGUCUUUGAGAAUGGCCGGUAUUAAAGUGUGGGUUUUGACCGGUGAUAAGCAAGAAACGGCUGUUUCGAUCGGAUACUCCUCGAAGCUGUUGACCAACGAGAUGACUCGGAUCGUUAUUAAUAAUAACUCGAAGGAUUCGUGUAAGAGGAGUUUGGAAGAUGCUUUGGGAGUGUGUAAGAAGGUCAAAAACGGUGUCUCGGGUGCUGUUAAUAGUCAGCUUGCGUUGAUUAUUGACGGAUCGAGCCUUGUUUAUGUGCUGGAUACUGAACUUGAGGAACAGCUAUUCGAAUUAGCUAGCAAAUGCGACGUGGUGUUGUGUUGUCGUGUGGCUCCGUUGCAAAAAGCUGGAAUUGUUGCACUGAUUAAGAAAAGAACCGAUGACAUGACACUUGCAAUUGGUGAUGGAGCGAACGAUGUUUCGAUGAUUCAAAGAGCUGAUGUGGGAAUCGGAAUAAGUGGACAAGAAGGAAGGCAAGCCGUAAUGGCGUCGGAUUUCGCAAUGGGCCAAUUCCGAUUUUUGGUCCCGUUAUUAUUGGUACACGGGCACUGGAAUUAUCAACGUAUGAGUUACAUGAUUUUGUACAACUUCUACCGAAAUGCCGUUUUUGUUCUCAUUUUAUUCUGGUACGUACUCUUCACGGGUUUCACAUUAACAACCGCAAUAACCGACUGGAGCAGUAUGUUAUACUCGAUAAUAUACACGUCAUUGCCCACAAUAGUUGUCGGAAUUCUCGACAAGGAUCUAAGCAGAGCCACUCUUCUAAAGCACCCUCAGCUUUACGGAGCAGGACAAAGAAACGAGAGCUACAACGGCAAAUUAUUUUGGGUGACGAUAUUCGACACUUUGUGGCAAAGUAUAGCCGUCUUUUUCGUACCGCUCGUUGCUUAUUGGGCAAGCAAUGUUGACGGUUCGAGUUUAGGAGAUCUUUGGACUAUUGCGGUCGUGGUUUUGGUCAAUUUGCAUUUGGCUAUGGAUUUAUUUAGGUGGUAUUGGAUUACUCAUGCCGCUAUUUGGGGUUCGAUUAUUGCGACUUUCGUUUGCGUUAUGGUGAUUGAUGCUUUGCCCUUUCUUCCCGGUUAUUGGGCGUUCUUUCACAUAGCCGAUACGAAAUUAUUUUGGGUGUGCUUGCUUGGAAUCACUAUUGGAGCAUUAAUUCCUCAUUUCGUAGUAAUCUUCGUUCAGUACUACAGACCGAACGAUAUCCAAAUUGCAAGAGAAGCAGAAAAAUUCGAAGAUUCGAGGGUGUCUCGACAAGGACUCCAGUCAAAUGGAGCCGUUGAAGAGACAACCACUGGGACAAGCACGGCCAAGGACGGCGGCGAAUGGCCCAUGGUUGCUGGAGCAAAAGAAGAAAGAAGCAGAGGGGGACCAAAGGAGAGAACAGAGAUUGUCUAG